AUGAGUACUGGAUUAGAAUCCAGAGGUCCACGUCGACCCAGGGGGCCAGGGGUUCUGGACCUGCCCUCCGACCCCAGGCCUCUUGCCUCCUUCAUCGUCAUCGGUAAGCUUCUGGCGGCCGCCGCGCCCCCUUGGAAACCCUCCGACGACCGGAUCUGCUCCGCUCAAAUGGAGCCGCCGCCUAUCCCUCAUCCUCCACCGCCAGCUCCUGCUCUCACGUCCGCCCUCGCCCACCUUCGCUCCGUCCUCUCCGCCGCAUCCUCUGCCCUCGCCGCUCUACCCUCCCCUCUCGAACCUCACCCAACCACUCCUAUCGCCAGUAUCCCCUCACCUCAGUCUACCACCACAAAACCUCCACUCCCGCCCCCGGUCACCGCUAUCAACCUCCCGCUCCCGGCCGCCCCAGCUCCCUACUCCGAUUGCCCCGCCGUCGUCCGUAUGAGCCCCGUCCCAACCUCCGCGGCCACCUCCCUUCCCGCCUUCCUCGCUGGCGUGUGCGCAGAUUUCUCCUCUUCCACUACCGACAGGAGCCCCUCCCAUCCGCCCCGCAUCCUGCCGUCGGAGCUCAGCCUCCUGCACCGGGAGUUGGACUCCUGGGUUGCGGGGGGCGACCACCUCCCGGGAUCAUACUCCUAUGCUGCAACCCGGGUAGUGGCCACGUUCUGCUUGGGUGUGACGCCACGGUGGGAGGCCGAGCUGCGGCAGUGGGUGUUUGAGAGCUCACCGAGGUACGGGGUCAAGGUCAACGUCGCGGAUGUGGACCAUAUCUUGGUGCUACUGUGGCUCUUGCUGAAGGCGAUGGCAGUGGAGGCCAGGUACUUGCUGGAGGGGAUGCAGAAUGGCGAUAAUGAGGGGCUAAGCUUUGAUCCCAGGGCCAUGAGGUUUGAGUGCCCGAGGCUGGUUGAGGGCCUCUCAUGGUUAGGCGCACAGCUUGGGGUUCUGUAUGGAGAAAGCAAUGGGAAACUAUUUGCGCUUGUAUCUGUGAAGGAGGCAGUGCUACAGAUGGCGUAUUGCUUGGCUGUUUGUGUAGGAGAUGGUGCUGCAGGUGUAGGAGACGACAAGGUUGGAGCUGGUGAGAAAGGAAGUGAUGUUGGAGAUGUCGUGGCAGGCCCUGUUUUUCUUUCCCAGGUUGCUGCUUCCAUUGUGGCAUUGUAUGAGAGGUUCUACUUGGAGGAGAAGACCAAGGCGCUGCAAGCUCAACGCUUGUCAAAUUAUCAGCUAUUACUUGGGUAUUCACAAGCACUGGAACGAGGGACUUUGGAGCGAUCAAACAGACCAAACUACAGGGCUGUUCUGGAGUAUGAUGGGGUUCUGUCACGUCGAGUUUCAAACAAGGAAUCUGCUAGAGCCAAGACAAGAGAGGAGCUUUUAGCUGAAGAACGAGAUUAUAAACGAAGAAGAACAUCUUACCGUGGCAAGAAAGUGAAUCGAAACCCUACAGAGGUACUAAGAGACAUAAUUGAUGAGCAUAUGGAUGAAAUCAAACAGGCAGGAGGUAUUGGUUAUGUUGUGGAAGCUCCUGCUGAUAUUGCUUGGAACGUGUUUAAGAGCAACUCUCACAGCGGUGCAUAUAAUGGAAGUUAUGAUUUUGCAAGCAGCUCCUCUCAUGAUUAGGAAGCUUUGGCUUCUCGGUCAUAUAGCUGUGACAACCCACAUCAUGCUGAUUCUUUGGGAAGAUUUUCAUCAAGGAGCAGUGACACGAGAGAUUCAUACAAUAACUCAAGGUGUCAAACUCAUGGAAACUGUUACCAGUAUAUAUCUGAGAAGGAAAUGGGUGGAAUAUAGGUUCAGAAAGUGAAAUAUAUCAAAUUUAUCCUUACCAGCAAGAGAACCAUAGACACUCCAACGAUAAUAGGAAUUCUGGCUUAUAGGUUUAAGAAGGAUGUCUGAAACCACCGUCAUGAAUCAAAUGAUUGUACAACAUGGCCAAUACAGUCACAAAGAUCACCUGUGACAGAAUAUUCUCACUUGCCAGGAGAAGGGUUCAGUGAUAGAAGUAGAUCUAGUCAGAAGCGACAUAAAUCAUUAUCUAUAACUCAAGACUAAUUCAGCGAUAUAGAUAUGAUCCCCAAAGCACAGAUUCUGCUUGAGAUCAUUCGACAACCAUGCUUGGUGAUGCUACUAAAGGAAAGCAUGAGAUAUACCAUGAUGAAGUACAUCGUCAUGGACAUUAUGAAAGGAAGUUGCGAUCACAAUCACUGAAGGGUAAUACAGAUUAUUUUUGCUUUAUAUGCCAGGCAUGCUUGUUAAAUUAUGUUGGGUUUUCUAAGUUUUUAGCAAUUGUGAUUACUCUACUAUUUGAUAUGACCUUGCAGUAACAAAAUAAUACAUGGCUCUGUGGUAUCAGCCUUCAGCCGUAUCCUUUUAUGUAUCCUUGUGCAGCUUUAUAAUGCCCCUUGCAUUCCUGAGUUAUCUUCCUCAGGAUCUGUUAGCUGUUAAAUUUUUCUCUUGCUUUACAAAUUCAUUUACAGUGAUCCAGGUU